UAUAUAUUACAUUUUGUUUAUAUUAAAAACAUAUAGUAGAGGUUCUUCACAAUGACAACGUGCAGGGGAGGGAUCUAUCAACAAAAUUUUAAAAUGAGCAAAAAAUACAAGCUCACUUCAGAUAGUAAACCUUCUAUCCAAGGAGUUGGUGGAGGAAUAGCUUUGCCAAAUUUUGCAAAUCUUCUUGGUUAACAAUAAUUCUGCGAUCAAAACGGCAGAUUACACAGAACAAUUUGUUGUGUAUCAACCUUUUUUUCCACAAAGGAGGAUCUUCAUGAACAUGAACAACAAAGUUUGGUAAAAUCUGGGACUCCAAUAAAUAACAAAGAUCCUUCCCCGAACCCUGGCUCGAGUUCUGCUUCAACUGUUGGUGAUGGAGUAACUAUUCAGUAAGUAUUCAAAUCUGUGUAUGUUUUAAAGGAUUUAUCAAAUAAAAAGAAACAGACUAAUGGUACUUUAGCAGUUUGCAGCUACAUGUUUUUUUGUGUGUUAUGGGCAGCCAAACAGUUAUAGUUUUACAUAAUUUUUCUUUCAUGAUUAAUUUAAAAAAAAUGUUGUUAUUCAGGAACGAGGGCCAGCAGCAGGAGGAGCCUGGAAGUCCGGAGAAUAAUAUGGAAUUACAUGAAAUAAUCAAACAUGUUAUGCAAAAUAAGUAUCCUAAUUUUUUAAAUGAAAUAAAUGUGAAUAAUUAUAAUGAAAUAAAAGAGAAAAUCAACAGUUUCAUAGAAGAAAUAUCUAAUUUAAUAAAUCCUGACAAAUUAAAAUAUUCCGACAAAUCAAACAUCUUUAAACGCGUGAUGGAUGACUGGAAAAAAUUACAGGAAGCAGAAAAUCCCAUUUGUGUAAAAAGGAUUCCCAAAUUAAAGACAUCUAUAAUAAUAUUGCUAGUACGGAACUUGAUUUGGCCCCAAGGAGCAAUAAAUAGUAAAAUUCCAAUUUGUCUUGAUAAAUUUAGGAACCCAUUAUUUAACCACUAUUUAAACACUGGAGAAAAAAAUAAAAUAAACCAGUAUGGAUUUUAUUUGAUCUUGAUGAAAGAUGGUACCCUAAUGAUUUCUGAAAAAAUUCCCCAAGAUUCAAAAAACCAAACCCAUAGUGAAGAAUUUAUAAUUAAAGAAUUGGAUGAAUUUCUAUCAGAAAAUGGAAACGAGGUAAAAAAGUUUUUUAUAUAUUCAUAUAAUAGCCCGUGUUUAAAAAGGACUGACAACAAAACCCCUUGUAUGUUUCAGCUUUUGUGCAAAGCUUGUGAAUGGUACGAGAAGUAUCAAAUCUUCACUGAUGUUGCAUUCACACAUUCCUAUGGCAUAUGUGGCCCAAACUAUUUUAAUUAUCUUACAUUUGACGAAAUAUCAUGUCCCAACAGUGGUUUUAAUUCUUAUAUUGAAAAAUGUAAAAACACUAAAAGUGAAUUGGAAAAUCAAAACAAAUCAAAGCUUAUCAAAAGUAAGCUCUCCAAGGCAUUGGAUAAAGAGAAAAUUGAUAUAAAGACACUUAAAAAUGAUGAUAUUCAAACCGCAUGCAAUUUUUUAAAGAAGGCAGAAAGUUCAUUUGAUCUGCUUAAAGAUUUCUUGGUCAGUGGACGGGAAACUCACGUUUCCUUCAAAUCGCCACCAGAAGUACAGGCAGAAAUUUAUAAAAUAUUGAAGGAGAACAACACUUUUAUGCGAUCAAUGAAAAAGUGCAUUAGAGCAGAUUUAAACAAUGCGAUCCCUUUUGUUUUUAGAAAGAAAUUGGAGUCAAUUCUAGGAAGCAGAGGCUUCUUCCGCCUUCACCACAUUCCUCACAGUUUUCCCUGUUAAUUGAAUUAAUUGAAUAACCAAUACAAAAAAAAGUUUAUAGUCAAUCGGUUUUUGCAUUUAGAGAAUACUCACUGCUAUUUGGAUGCAUUUGGAGGAAUAAUUCUGUUACGUAAUUUCACAGCUAUCCAGUUGUUUUACUGUCAUCCUUCUAGCUCCUUGUAUUCAGUCCCCCUUUGCUUUAUUAAAACUUUCCUGUAAUACAA